AUGGCGCUGGCGGGGGACCCGGGGGGCUCGGGCUGGACCUGGAGGCCGGUGGCCCGGGACGCGCUCCUGGCACGGGCCUUCCAUUCCUGCACUGAGCUGCGAGGACGCUUCUACCUGGUGGGGGGUCUCCCAGCGGGAGGGGAGACGGCGCCGAGCGACGACACGGUGGUCUUCGACCCGGUGGCGGGCCAGGCCGUGCGGCUGGCGGCCCGGGGCGGCCCGAAAACCCAACUCAGGCCCGAACGCCCGCAUAUCCGCAGCUAUAAGGAAGAGGCCUGCCACACAGCCUCCCGCUCAGGUCACAGCGCCGCCCUGCUCCGAACUCCGGGGCCGCGCCCGGGCCACCAGCUCGUGCUGUUUGGAGGCUGCACCUCGGCAGAUCCAGAAGUAGCCGGGCACUGGGGUCACGGGAAGCUGAAGGAGGAACCGCCCGCCGCCCCCCAUCUGAUGGCGCAGCUUGCCAGGCUUGUGGGCACUGGGCAGGGGUCCCAGCAGGGGCCCCGGGGCCUGCGGCACCACUCGUGCUCCGUGGUGGGGCCCUUUGCAGUGCUGUUUGGCGGAGAAACUCUGACCAGAGGCCGGGACACCGUCUGCAACGACCUGUACAUCUAUGACAUCCGCGGGUCUCCUCCUCUGUGGUUCCGCUUCCCCUGCGCAGACCCGGGCCUGAAGCGCGUGGGCCACCGCACCUGCCUCUGGAACGACCAGCUGUACCUGGUUGGGGGUUUUGGCGCGGACGGCAGGACGCCCAGUCCACAGGUCUGCAUCCUGGACCUUUUCAUCUAAAGGACAGCGCCGAGCCUCACUGCCAAGGCCCUGCUUUGUGGCAGACUCGGAGAGCUUUGCCCCUGGAGCUCUCUGCUUCAAUUAACAUGCUUAUUAAAUUUCAAUCUGAGCGUCAA